AUGGACGAGUCUUAUGGAUUAUAUUCAAUAAAGAAUCGAGAACAGAUAAUUACCUUUGAUGAAAAUUUAUUACAAUCAGUGAACGGACAUGAUGAUGAAAAUUCAUACGAAGAUUUUCCAAGAUGUUUUUCAAUUGAUCAUGAUGAUGUUGUACUUUUGGAUCAGUCACAAAUUAUUUCACAUGAGGUGAAAAGUACACUUAACAAUCUUUUAAACAAUAUUCAGAAUUCGGGAAUUCAACAAAGUCAGAUUAUUUCUUUAUCAAAUAAACGUUCACUAGACAACAGUAAUCAUCAUGAUCGUUUAUUAAAUAAAAAAGUCAGAUUUAAUAUACCCGAUGAUGAACAGAACCAACAAUUAAAUUCUUUAUUUAUUUCUGAAACUUUUCAUUCUAUCAAUCAAUCUAAGCCUUGUACGCAAUUUUUAUAUAAUCUUGGUUUUGAUCUUUGCUUAGAACAUAAUCUUAAUGACAAUAAUCAUUUAUCAGAAAUACAAAAACAAACAUUAAUUAAACGUAAUAAAGUAUUUCAUCAAUAUAAAAUAUAUUCAUGUAAAUAUUGUUCAUUUCGAACGAAUACAAUUUAUGCUUUAAAACAUCAUUAUCAAACACCACAUACUGUAUUUAAUUCAACAUAUUCUCAUAAGAAAUAUCGUUGUACAUAUUGUUCAUUUAAAACAUUUCGUAUACCUUUACUUCGUCGUCAUUUUGAACGACGACAUGGUUAUCAACUAAUAACUGAACAUUCAAUUCGUCGAUAUUCAUGUAGUUUUUGUUAUUAUGAAAGUGAUGAUAAGAAUAGUUUUGUUAAACAUAACAAUCGUUGUCAAAUUGAACAAACUCGAACACGUAUUGCAAAUAAUUUACUUGCACCAUUCGAUCCAUUAAAUAAUAACGCAAAAAUUAUCGAGAAAAAUAAAAAACAAUCAACAACGAAAAAUUUUCCAUUACCUUCAACGUCAAAUACAAUAGAAAAUCGAUAUAAUAAUGAAUUUAUUGAACCGAUUAUUAUUAUAGAAUCUGAUCAUGAUAUAUCAUCAAUAUCGGGAACAUCAUCAUCCGAUGAAGAUUUUAUUGUUUCAUCCGAUGAAAAAAGUUCAUCAAGUACAGAUAAUGAUAAUAUAAAUGAUGGAGAUUUUGAAAUGGGUAAAUCCCGUUCGAAAAAAGUUCAACAUUCAAAUUAUAAAUUAACAACGCUAGUUUCUCAGUCUAAUCAAACUGCUUCAUCAGCAUCAAAUACACUAUCAUCUUUAUCAAAAUUAUUAUUAUUAAAUGGGACACCUGUACCAUCAUUUACAUCAUCACCAAAUGCAACUAAAUCUUCAUACGUAUCUAUUCAACCCAAACCCGCAAAUGGAAGUGAUAUUUAUCAAGAUUAUCUUAAACAUAUGAAUGACAAACAUAAUAAUAAUGAGUCAUCGAUUCAAUCUCAACAAAUAAUUUCACCUCCUGAAACUACUGCUUUAAACAAUACAACAGAUAAUACAAAUGCAACAACUUUAAUUAUAACGAAUACACCAGCAGCAGCACAACCACCAACAACUAUUUUUCUUCUAUCAACAACUACGAUGGAUCCUCAAUCAAUUACAUUGAAUAUGAUUAAAUGUCCUUGGUGUGAUACAAAUUUUGAACAUAUUGAUAUUAUGACUGGACAUUUAAUGAGAUAUCAUCGUAUGACACUUGCUGCAUCGAAAGUUGUAGUUGCCGAACAAAUGAAACUUCAAGGUACAUCAUCGAAUCAGUUAACGUUAUUGUUUAAAGCAGAAAUUGAACAAAUACAAAAAGAUUUUAUUGAUAAAAUGUAUUGGAAAAUUUCUCAACCAAAAGUCUAUUUACAUCAAAUAGAAAGUUUAUUAUGUUUUGUUUGUCGUACAACUGUUGAUAAUAUUGAAAAUCAUUUUCAUCAAUCACAUCAAAUAGAAUUAACAACAAUGAAUAUAAUAAAACAAUGUUGUUUAUGUGGAUUUAAAUGUGAUAAAAAAAAUGUUAGCUUAUUUGAACAUCAACUACGCGCACAUUCAGGUGUUUGUUAUUCAUCUAUACUUAAACAAUUUAUACGUUUUGAACCACCACCAUCAUUAGUACCAAAACUAACAACAUCAAAAGUUAAUAAUCGAUUUAUCUUACCAUUAUCUUCAUCGAAUAAACGAUCAUUAGUAACUUGUACAGAAAAAAAAUUUGGUUGUCGAAAAUGUGAUACAAGUAGUCGAUUAUUUACUUUUGAAGAACUUGUUGAACAUUUACAUGAAAUUCAUAAACUUAAUGUUAAAUUACAUCGUCGAUGUAUUAUUUGUCAAGAAACAUUUAGUAAAGGAAAAGAAUACAAUCAACAUUGUUUAGAACAUCUAAAUGAUGAAAAUCCUUCGAUAGAAAUUAAACGACAACGUACGAUAUAA